AUGAAUGAUAGUGAUAGUAAAAUAAAAGAUGGAAUUGAAAUCAUUGUUAUUUCAGAAGAAAAAAAACUAAAGCAAAUAAAUUAUUUCAAGGUCAUUGAUUUAAACCCCAAUGUUGUGGCUUAUUAUGCAAAUUGA